AUGGAUGCCAUGGCCUUCCUGGAAAUUGAUGAGCUGAUACCGCCUCUGGAUGUGGAGUGGGUCUGGCAUUGCCACAUGCUCUCCCCGACGGCAUACAAAGAAGAUGUCCUCCGCAUCACGAACAACGAGGGUGUCCCGAACCACUGCCUACGUUCGCGGCAUUCCAACGACUGGUUCGUCGCUCGAUCGAGAUCGAUGCAGCUUUGGGUGGAGCACACCUCGGAGCCUUUCGACAUUGUCCCAGUGCUGGCAAAAGCCCCUAUGAAAGAAGACCUGAAUGAGCCCCUCAACUGCCUCAGCCAGUACGACUUGAUAGGGGCCUGCGAGCGUCAAAGUGCCUUCUACUAUCAGGUUGCCGUGAUGCCCCACUACCGCGAUCGAUAUUUCCUCCAGCUGGCGGCCGAGAGGUAUCUAGACAAGUUCUUAGAGUUGAAGAGACAGCGUCCAGAUGAGUUCUGGGUGCCGACCUACGACAUCGACUGCAUUUGGCACGCGCAUCAGCUACAUCCCUGGAAAUAUGAAGAGGAGACUGCUGAGCUUUGCGGCCGUCUCCUCCCACACGAUGACAGUGUGAAUGACCGCAGCUCGGGAUCCCAGCUGUCCCUUCGAUGGGAGCAAACGAAGCAAGCCUGGAAGGAGAUCUUUCGUGACGAAGGACCAUACCGCAGCGGCAGCAUGUACCGGGGUACCGUGACGGCGCAGGAGCGAUUGAGUCGCGAGCAGCAGUGGAACUACAUGCGCUCCGUGAUUGGUCCGGAUGUAAACAUCCGCGCCGACGUGGUCUGGAAGGUCACGCUCGGGCCUGCGUGGGCGGAGCCUCAGAGGACCGAGUUGAAGUGGGUCCACCGGAAAGAUCUGGACAACGAGGUGAAUGCUGUGGUGGGACUUCGACGCUUCUCCUCCUUGGGCACACUGAAUGCGCAGGUGGUACACGGCCGAACCAAGCAGAAGAGCUUCAGCUAUGUGGAGGUCAUGAAAGAUCCUCAUAAGCUGCUGCCAGUCGUCACAGCGCACUCCAUCGACUUUGAUCAACUUCCGAAUGAGAUGCAGGUAAGCGCUGAGGCUGCGACGUGCCCCACAUUGGACAAGCAGGAAAAGGCUUAUCUCAUCCGAGUGGCCGGCGAAGAUGUGGCGGUGCUGGUGGGCGAAUGGGCCGGCUACCGACUUGGAAAAGCUCAAAAAGGAAGGCCUGGCAAGAAGCCGGUGAGGUUGGUGGGAGCAGCAGGUCGACUCUUUGUGCGAAUGUACGCGCUGAGGUCUUAUGGAGAGAUGGAGGUGGAUGCUCAUCUCCCAGCGUCGACCAUUCCCUCCUCGUAUUCCUUCUCCUUGAUGGGCCUGAAGCUCCCUCGAUGUACGGAGAAAAUCCACAUCGACCUCGCCGAGGGCAAAGUCUGGGGCUUCACAAACACCAUCUCUAUGGCGGUUGCCUUUGGCUUCGCCCUCACUUUUGCAGCCCUGCACGUGGGGCUACAGCCGCUCAGAGCCGAAGACGAAGCCUCGCACAGCGUCUGCCCCGACUAUGCCAGCGACCACAAGCAGUCUCUACCCAGCAUGGACGGUGCAGCAGAGGUCGCUUGUAGCAUCGAGCAGGGGCGGGUCGAGUGGGGCUUGCGUCCGACCACAAUGACGGUGGACAUGAUGGAGGACACGACGGAGGAUUCGACUUCGACGGAGGUGGAGACGAUGGGGGUGAUCCGGGCGGCUGUGGUGGUUGCGGCGGGUGCGGAGGAUGCGGGGGCUGAGACGUCUCAGUUUCACUUGUUCUGUGGCACCCAGAAAUACCUUGGCCGCGGGGACCGCGCCAUGUCACAACUGCCUUUGCCAUCUCAUCCGGCACUACGGCUGGCCAACAGGAAUGACGAUGACUUGUUCGAGCACCUGGAGGACUGGCUGUCCAGACUGCAGAAGCUCAUCAACAGCAACCUCUUCCCGGGCGGCGCAGGGAUCCCGCUGGAUCUUCCGAGCGGGCCAAAAACCCGAGUCGCAGAGAAGGAGCUGAAUCAGUCUGCAGAGGUGGAGGAAGCCUUGCAGAGACGGGAUGAGCAGGUGAAGGAACACCUGGAGGACUGGCUGUCGCGCGUGCAGAUCUUCUUCCUUGACAAGGACAAGAGAGCUGGCGCCAUUUCAGAGGUCCUUCCACGUAGCCCUUCGAAGAGCCUGAGUAACAACAAGAAGCCCGUGGCCAACAGCUUUCAAGGCCAAUUGCACUUUGGCCAGACGUUGUCUCACACGGUGAGCCUUGAAGGUCUGGAUGAAGAGGAAGAGACUCUCGUAGAUUCGCAGGACGGAUGGUGGUCGAACUUCGUGAAAAUGAUGCCCAGCAGCAGGCCAAUUGAGCCUGAAAGCACUCUGGCCUGGCAGCGUCAUUUGCAACGUUUCGUCGGGUCGACUCGAUUUGAAUCCUUAUCCGCGACCGUGAUUAUCACCAACUCCAUAUUCACGGCCAUCCAAGUGCAGUGGGCGGCUGCUGACCCGUUCACGCCCCCUGACGACAUACUCUUCAUUAUCGGUUCCAUCUACACCCUCGUUUUCACUAUUGAGCUGAUGCUACGGCUCCUUGCAGGAGGUCUUGGUGUUGUUUGCAAAGAAGACUGGGGCUGGAUCGCGCUGGAUGUGGUGGUAGUGGGAUCGAGCAUCUUCGAGUUCGCCUUGGAGAUAACGAUUCGACUGGAAGCAGAGGAUUCGUCCGAAGCGAAUGUUAGUACAAGCAUGCGGCUGGUCCGAGUUCUCCGAGUGGCCAAGAUCACUCGUGCUAUCCGCAUCGUCAGGUUGGUGAAGUUUGUUCGCUCUCUGCGGACAUUGCUGUAUUGCAUCGGGCGGACGCUGCGAGCCAUGCUUUGGUCGGGAAUCCUCCUCCUUCUGAUAAUCUUCCUUUUCGCGUUGAUCUUCACGGACAUUACCACCGAAUACCUGACCGAUCCCGCUCGAGAUGACCUGGUAGCAAACUACAUCAAAGUGCGGUUUGGUGCGCUGGACUCUUCGAUGCACACUCUUUUUGCUUGCACCACUGGCGGCUUAACUUGGAUCGAAACUCGGGACAGCUUGGCCGUGAUCAACGAGCUAUGGGGAUUCCUCUUCGAGGCGACCUUAUCCGACUGGUAA